AAUGGAAGAAGACUCCUCUGACUGCCCAUAACUUUAGGACAAUAUGUUGUGCAUGAGGAAACUUCAUUAGUCUUGUAAGGAAUACCUACCAAACUGUUCCAAACUUUCCGAUGGGAACCACGUGGGGAAACGCGCAACUGUGAGAUUUAAAGAUGCAUCAGACUGUGCGCAUUUUCCAUGACUUUUUAAAGUCAUAUAUCUGCAUAUGGUGCGUGUGUUUACUUCCUCUGAAGUCACUUGCGCAGCUGGCUCCAGAAUGUUCUCCAGGUGGAUACAGGACCUUAAGGAAUGCGUAUCGGAGCGUCAACUUCGACUCUACUGAAUUACAGAACACAGCGAUACAGGAUCUGAUUUGUGACCAUUUGCUCCUGCCUGGAUGGUACCGCUUUAGCAUAAACAACAAACCUGCGGAGAUGCCCACCCGCUGUGUGGAGAUGAACCGCUGUGGGACGCAGGCUCCGGUAUGGUUGUCUCUUAAAGACAGCUCUUUGCCGAGGCCUGGUGAGGUCAAGCAGCUUUCAGCUUGUGCCACGUGGCAGUUCUUCCAUGGAAGCACCAAAGACUGCUGCCUUUUCCGGAUCCCAAUAUCUGUCCGCAACUGUGGAGAGUUCCUGUUGUACUACCUACAGCCAACACAAGGUUGCAUGGGUUACUGUGCUGAAGUUAUUUCACAGUACACGUCUAAGUCCUGCCCACCUGGUGAAACAGAAGUUAAUGGGGUAUGUAAAGCAAAUGUCCCCUCACUUCCCUCAAAACCAGUGGUGACCCCAGAGUUGGUGGGCAGCAGUGUCCACCUCCGAUGCUCCUAUGCUGGGGUAAAGGCCACUUCGCCAGUGGGGUACCUGGUUGUGUGGGCCCGAUAUUCUUCCAACACCAUGAAGGUGGAGAUCAGACGAGACACAACGACUCGGCUAUAUUCACUGGUGGAGAUGGAUGGAGUUCACUUCAGGCUAGGAGAAAUGUUUUCCUGCAGUGUAUCCAGCUUCCUGUUAAACUCAUCCAGCUCCCCAUCGACUUCAAAAGAGAGCGCUGGGUUUUUCGCAGGAAUCAAGUUUGUUCCAGAUGUUCUCAACAUCCGCGAAGAUGCUAAAAAGCACAUUUUGGCACUACACAGCACAGUCCCAAUUCCCUGCCACGGAUACGAGCACAACCGCCGUUGCAAAGUAUCUCUUGCUCUCAGUAUACAUGAUUCAGACAAUGUAGUUGUGAAGGUUCCAAAUGUGGCCCUGUCGUCCUGCUACGUCGAGCUCCUGUCCCAACCCUGCCAAAAUAACGUCUGUGCUCAGGGUACCGUGACUGUCACCGCUGUUACCGAUUUCACCCGGGACGGGAACCGGGUCAGCCUCUUCUCUGCCCAGCCUGCCCAAGGCAGUCCUCGCCUCUGGAGAGGUUACAACCCACCAGCACUGAAGAUCACGGUUCAAGAUGUUCCAACAGCUACCUGUUACUCUCUGACUGACCCUCACAUCAUUACAUUUGAUGGCAGACGUUACGAAAACCAACAGACUGGCACAUUUUUGCUUUAUAAGAGCACAAACCGUGUGUUCGAGGUCCACACCAGGCAGUGGGAUUGUGGGAGCCGACACUACGCCGUGGCGUGUAGCUGUGGCAUGGCCGCCCGAGAGGGUAAUGAGGUCGUGACCUUUGACAUGUGCAACGGGCAGCUGCAGGAAACACGUCCCCACUUGUCCAUCAAGGCCUUGGGACCAUCCGCAAACAAUCGGAUAAAGAUCCACGAGAUGCACCAAGGAAAAAAAAUCACGAUUGUAUUUGCCUCUGGGGCAUUUGUUCGAGCAGACAUUAGUGAUUGGGGAAUGAGUCUGUCCAUCAGGGCUCCGAGUCAGGACUUUAACGGCACCAAAGGCCUAUGUGGGUUAUUUGACCGGAACAGCAACAAUGACCUGAAUCACCCGGCAGGCACAAGCAACCGCAACAAUGACUUAGUGGAAUUCAUUCAGGGCUGGAGGAUCGCGCCUGGUGAGAGCCUGUUUGACAGCACGCCACCUGCCGUGAAUGAGGAGAUAAGGCUGAAUUUCUGUGCUUGUCAAAAGGGAUAUAGCCUGUCCCAACAUUCAGCGCACGCCUCCGAUGGCCUAUUAAACCCGCCUCCUGUUUCCCGCUGCCAAUCUCAUGAAGACACAGAUUACACGUCCCUGUUUCCCUUCAAUGAUGUCACUGCUGACUACACCACUAAAACUGUCUCGGUCCGCAACGUCCAUAAACGAGAGGCGGCAACUAAAGUCCCAGAGUUCACCAAGAAUCUCAAUGACGUUAAACCAAAGUUUCAGGUGUCUCAAGUCCUGGCUGAGAACUUUUCGCAUACUGUAGAGGAAUUAGAAGUGGACUCAUUAUUUAACGUUUCCACUUCUCGCUUGAAUGAAUCUAAGGUGCCUUUACCUACCUCAGUUGGUAGACCCAAGAGACAGACCUUUGAAUUCCUGCCUGUUUACACCUUCCAGGCCCUAAGCCAAACUGACCUGGAAAGUCUCGCCUACUUCUUUUCAGAUGACCACCUCUCGUCUAGUCGCCCACCUCCCCGUCCGUCCUGGCCAACACCCAGUGGCCUUACUUCUGCCAAAGCUUUGGAGGUCUGCCAGUUGGCUCUUGCUAACUCAACCGUGGGCACAGUGUGCAAGAGUCUUCUUGGCUGGCGCUUGGAAGAAGCUGUGGAUCUUUGCAUCCUCGAUCUUCAACUGAAGGACGACCUGGCUUGGGAGGACGCCCUCGUGCCCUUCCUGGAGAAUGAAUGUGAGCGAAAGUGGCUGGAGAACCGGACUCAACGUUCUCAAGACGUUUUGAGAACAUUGGAGGAUAUUGCAAAGGCCCUACGAUGUCCAAACUUCUGCAACGGGAAUGGCCAGUGUGUAGAGUGGGGAUGCCAGUGUUAUCCAGGCUACAGCUUUCACGACUGCAGUCUCACCAUCAGUCAGCCAAUAGAAAUCACUGAUCUGGAGAAUGGUGGUUUAUGUGACGUACGUGAGUUCGACUGCGACAGUGUGAGGGUUUUUGGGCUGGGCUUCAUCAACUCACCUGACCUCACAUGCUUCGUCAUCAGAUUAAAGCAUAUGAAUGGAGUUUGGAUCCCUGACGAGGAAAGAAGAACCAAAGCUUCCUUCCUCAGCUCCAAGACGGUGGACUGCUCCGUCCCACGGCUUGGCAACAUAGCUGUUGACACCAUGGACUUCAUGGCCAACGAACAGCCCUAUGCCAGAUGGGAGAUUAAGGUAACUAAUGAUGGUCGUCAGUACAGUGAGGGAAAGAUCUUGACCCUUUAUGAUGGUAUUUGCCAGCUGUGUGUGUCUCCCUCUGGACUCUGCAAGUUGAAGGAUAGGACGUGUAACAUAGAUGGGAUGUGUUUUGCCGAUGGAAACUCCAGCCCUUCCAGUCCAUGUCUUCUGUGUAACUCCACGGCCUCCAAAUACACCUGGUCCAUUAAUCAAGCUAAUCGACCACCGACCUUCCACGUGCCACAGGGCGUCCUGCAGACCUUUGCAGGGGAGAACUUUGUGUACCAGUUCACAGCCACAGACCCCGAGGGUUCAGCCCUUCUCUUCCAGCUGGAGACAGGGCCUCCCGGGGCCUCUAUUUCCCCGGCCGGGCUUCUCAUCUGGAAAGUAUAUGGGGAGGAGACAUACAGCUUCCAAUUCACUGUGUCUGAUGAGUGUGAUGCUCAGAGCAGAUUUACUGUGGAGGUAGAUGUACGGCCAUGUGGGUGCUUGAAUGGAGGGACGUGUGUGACCAACAUCAAGUAUCCGGCGGGCAGUGGCGAGUACCUGUGUGUAUGCCCAACAGGUUUCCAUGGUGACCUGUGCCAGGAAGAGCUGAACAAAUGCAGUUCCAGUCCAUGUCGAGCAGGACUUUGUGUUGAUCUGGUUGAUGGGUUCGAAUGCCAGUGCCCUGCUGGACUGACAGGUGUGACAUGUCAGAAGGAUGUGAAUGAGUGCGAGAAAGCGCCAUGUUUUCCUGGCGUUAGGUGUGUGAACAGCUUUGGCUCCUUCAGGUGCGGCCCUUGCCCUCAUGGCCUGGAGGGAGACGGUACCUCCUGCAAAGCACUAGCAAAAUUGGUCACUUCACCUCCCAUCACUUCUCACGUGGCCUCCUUUUCCACACCACCUGCUGUGCGGCGAGUCAGCAAAACCACCUCCACUCACCUCUCACUAGAAUCCAACGAAGCUCCAAGCAGGGCUCUGGUCACCAAAGCCGCUACCAACCUGAAUCAGAGAACUGGUCAUCCCAAUGCACUGAAUCUGACAGCCAAGUGUAGCAGUAGGCCAUGUUUUCCAGGUGUUCAGUGUAUUGACCUUCGGCCGCCAUACACUGGCUACGUCUGCGGGCGAUGUCCACCAGGUUACCAUGGGAAUGGACGCACCUGCACAAAACACUCAAAACAUGCCACACCCACCUACCAGUCACUGCAACUGACCCAAGCCAAGAGCAACCUGCCCCAUGCCUCCCACAGUGCUCCCCAUCUGCACCUCCCCACCCUUCCCUUCAGGCAGCCUCAGAGACGCCUUUCCAAACCGGCGAGGACCCCACACCAGCAGGCUACCACCCGCAUCCUCCUCCUGCCAACCUUUCCACCUGUCACAGAGAAAGAGGAGUUGCCGCGGUUGGCAGGACGCACACCUGCCUCAACCAGCAGCAGGGAUCAACUCCACUCUCGCCCUCGUAAUCAACUGAACAUUCUUCCGAGUCCCGAGGAGCGAAUCACUUCAUUUAAAGUCUCAGCAAGUGGAUUUGCAGGUGUCACGCCCAGAGAGACAUCUAAAGUCACUUUACCUCACACUUUGGAGAAUGCCGAGACAUUGAGACAGUCUCUAGAACAACCCAGUCUUGUCACAAUAUCCCAGGCUCGACCUUGGACACCUCCAGACACCCAGCGACCCUUAACGGCAGCCUUGACCUCUCUCUCUUUGUCCUUUUCUGAGUCAGAGUUCUCAGCAGAUGGAAGUCUGGGAACUGGAAUCCAAGACCCCUACGAGACCCUACCACUACCCCAGAAGAGCUUCACCUACCUUGGUGCAAGAAGCCUCACCCAAUCCCUGGACCCCCAACCAACUCUUCAGAAUGGUAGACUCCAGAGCAAGAGCAGAAAUGUAGUACUGUUAGAGGAGAGAAGUUUCACCUGUGCAGAUGUCCUAUGCUUUCCAGGAGUCCACUGUGAGCUUGGUGGGGAUGGCAAACUUAGAUGCGGACAUUGCCCUUUGGGGUACACUGGAGAUGGGCGAAAAUGCAGAGCUGUCUGCAGACAUGCCUGCGGUAAAAAUAUGGAGUGUGCUGCCCCGAACUCAUGCCGUUGCAAGAAAGGAUUCAGUGGCCCCAACUGUGAAACAGCGAUCUGCAGUCCUCCCUGUCUGAAUGGAGGGAAAUGUGUAGUUCCAGAUGUAUGUGAAUGCAAGUCAGGUUACCAUGGAGAGACCUGUGAAAGCGCCCUCUGCAGUUCGCCCUGCCUGCACGGAAGCACCUGCGUGGGUCGGGACACCUGCUCAUGUCCCUAUGGCUUCGUAGGGCCCAGAUGUGAAACCAUGGUGUGCAACCGUCACUGUCAAAAUGGAGGGAAGUGUGCAUCGCCGGAUGAGUGCGAAUGUCUGGCGGGGUGGGCGGGACCAUCAUGUGAGACAGCUCAGUGUGACCCUGUGUGUCUCAAUGGUGGGACCUGCAUUCGUCCGAAUUCCUGCACCUGCCAGCACGGCUUCUAUGGGGCUCAGUGUCAAAACGCUGUGUGCAGUCCACCCUGCAAAAAUGGAGGUCAUUGUGUGCGUAACAACAUCUGCUCAUGUGCGAACGGAUAUUCUGGCCCACGUUGUGAGAAAAGUGUGUGUGAGCCAGUGUGCAUGAAUGAAGGAAGAUGUGUUGGACCAGAUGUGUGCGACUGCGCAUCAGGAUGGAAGGGAAAGAGAUGUGAUCAACCUGUGUGUCUGCAGAAGUGUUUAAACGGAGGUGAAUGUGUGGGUCCGAGCACCUGCCACUGCAGCCCCGGCUGGAAGGGGACUCUUUGCCAAAUACCAAUCUGUGAACAGAGGUGUUUGUAUGGAAGUCGGUGUGUCAGACCCAACGUGUGCUCUUGCCGAGCUGGAUACACGGGCACACUGUGCUCUAGAAAGCUUACUGCCCAGAGAGGAUGAGGAUCCCACAUGAUGUGUCAAUACUGCACUGAGGACACUGGGCUCAUAUUUCACUACUUAUUAAACUGACAGGGUUACAGUCUCUGUUACAAUUUGUAAAUAUCAUAUCUGAAGAUAUUAAUUUAUGUUUAAGGUAUAAUAUAAAGAUUUUUUUACUUUCCUUUAAACUCUAUUACUGUAUUUGUGACAAUCCAAAACAAAAUAAAUGGCUGUGUAUUUUACGAAUCUGACGUAUAUUUUCUUGAUUUUUAGAAAACCUUCAUGAAGUAUUUCCUACAGAAUCAGGGUCAGAAAUUAAUGGGAGAAAAAUUGCAAAUG